AUGGUGGAUGAGUAUCAAGAAGUCGUCGACAAAUUGUGCCAAAUCCAUGCAGAUGACGUCGAAAAGUGUGCGGAAAUCCUGGACAUUCUAGCGAUCCAAGAUGCGAAAUGCGGGGGAAGAGGGAACUCAGCUAUGUGGAGAAUGCUGAAGAGCCUCAUCGCCUUUGAUCAGGUGAGCGUUCGCAAGAAACUAUCCAGCGGGCCCUCUGUGAUGUUCCCAUCCUUCUCAUAACUUUCCUGGAUCUUUCAACUCCUCUUGCUAUUGUUUCCGUUAGUCAAACCGUAUGAAUGCUUUAUUAUAAGUUUCUGCUCGUAGGCAAAGUCGGAAGGACCCUCCGAGGGUCCAUAAAGGUCCAUAGAAAUGUUCCUAUUUUGCUGCCUUUUGGGCCAUUUUCUCAGCCCAUAUGCACCUUUUUGCGGUCUCUCCCUUCCGUCAUUUCUCGAGCCUUCAAGAUCCCAGAAAAAUGGAAAGAUAAAAGGACUCUUUUUUCUGCCUUUUAGCUGCCUUUCUGCGGCCUUUUUGCUGCUUUUUUGCUGCCUUUUUGCUGCCUUUCUGCGGCCUUUUUGCUGCCUUUUUGCUGCCUUUCUGCGGCCUUUUUUGAGCCUCUACCUUUUAGCGACCAUUAUCCACCAUCCCGACUUUGCCCGAGCUGAGUCUCCUGAGCUGUGUGUGACUCCUUUAACACUUGGCGUUAAUUUUACACUAAGCUUUUUUUUUCAGCCAUUCAAGUCUUAUUCCGAGAAGCUCGUUCUAUCAGCAGAUAAAAUGCCGUCUCGACCAGCAAUGCCGUUGGGCCAAACUAUGGAUGUGCGUCCGGUUAGCCCCAAAGGUAAUAAAUUGCGCAUUUAAUGAUCGAUAUUCAUUGAGCCUAA